AUGCUCCCGCUGAUCAAGUACUUCACCGGCCAGGGCGACGACACCGGCACCAUGGCAUCCCCCUCGGACAACGGCAGCCCCAUGGACAGGCCCCUCGACAUCCGCGGACGCCCCUUCCGCUACGAGACGCCCACCCCGGCCUUCCGACGCCGCCGAUCUCGCUCGCCCGUCGCCACCAAGCGCCACUACGACGAGACGCCGCGCCACGACAGGCACGACUACCAACACAGCGGACAGGAGGGUCGCGUCAUGACGCCCGGCCGCUCAGACUACGGCCGCGACAACAACGACAAUGACGACACCCCCUGCCGCCACGUCGACCUCCCGUAUGGUCACAUGAACAGCCCCGGCGCCGCCUCCUGCCGAACCGACCGCACCGACGUCGCCAUCUGGGGCAUCCAGAAGCGCCUGGACCAGCAAGAGGCCGGCCAAGCUACGCUGGCCUCGAAGAUCGACAGACAGUCAGCUGCCCUCGACAUGAUUCUCACCAGGCUCGACGCCCAGCCCGCGACCACGGCGCCUCCCCAGCAGCUCGAUGGCAACGGGGCCAUCAGCACAGCCAUCGCCAGGUACACCUGGGUCCCUCGCGAUGUCGUCGAGGCCAUCGCCGACAACCGCUUCAUUCCCGAGCAGCUCGCCAUCCUCGUCAACCCCGCGUACCGCCCUCAGCAUCACCCGGCGCGCAACGACCAGGGAGAGCGAGCCGACGAGCCCCUUUUCCAGGCUCUGAGCUGCAUCGGCGCUCUCUGCGACUCGUGGUCGACCUACGUCGGCAUUGUGCUCCUCGUCGGCAGCCGAGAGCAGCCGGACCUGGCCCCGGGCCUCCUUGCGCACCUCGAACACAUCAUCGUGUUCUCGAGCCUGUACGAGUGGCGCGGUGUGGUCGGCUACCACCUCGCUGUCUGCCGCCGUCGCCUGGGCACGGCGAGCGGCGCUGAAUGGGCCGCCAUCGACGCCGACUUCUCCAACACACACCUCCGUCCCAUCGACCCGCGCAGCAACAACAACAACCCGGCCCAGCGCGACGCGCAGCGCGCCCGCCCGAAGGUGUGCAAGAACUUCAACCUCAACCGCUGCGCAGGCCAACGCUGCGGGCGCUCUCACAAGUGCCUCGCUUGCAAUGGCAGGCACCCGGUCUUCCGCUGCCACGGUCUCAGGCUCGAGGAUGCCUAG